AUGGCUGCCAAACAGCAGGGCAAAAAGAAAGCCAGAGACACAAAGAGGAAGAAGAUCCAGAAGAGGCACCAACUAGCUAAGCGGAAGCAGAAGAAGCUGCAGCCCAGGAAGCAGAAGAAGCACCAGGCUCGUCCCAAACGCCGGGUCAAGCGGUCCUCGGCCGCCAAGUCGGAGAACAGCGGCCCAGAGAGGGUCUGCUCCCCGCGGCUCUUUGCCUCCAAGGCCCUUCGGCAGAUGCCCAAGGUGCGGAUGGAGGCCAAGGCCAGGAGCCUGAUGAAGACCUUGCUGACCGACGUCUACGACCAGGUGGCCACCGAGGUGGAGACCUUGAGCCAGAAGCACGAGCUGUCCGACAUCAGCGGGUCGGAUGUGCAAGCCGCCUUGAAGGAAGCCAUGACGAAGGAGCUGGCCAAGCACUCGGCCGAGCCUACCAGCACUGAAUGUGCUUAGAGGAACAUGCCUCCCUUCUCCCGCAGGGACCCAAAGGGAGAAGAACAAAGAUCGUAAAAAGUAUCCGAGAGACUUUAACAUAUUUUGCUGCCCUUUUAAGUAUAAGAAAUCCUGCACUCUACAUUUCCUAAGGCACCACCUUUCAUCUCCCACAAUUGUUAUUCCCAAACAAUAUGAAGGAAGUUAAAGUGAUGACUGGACAAUGGCCUGUAUAUUCUAAGACAUUUUCAUCAGUGUCUAAGCCAGAACCUAAAUGCUAAGAAAGCCAUGAUUAAGUAAAUAUUUGAAAUAAUU